AUGAGGGGCCUCAACCUGAAGCCCUCACGUGUGUACCAAGCAGCAUCUGCACUCCUCGAGACGGGCAGCAUAACCCAACCACCACCAUGGUUCAAGACCAUUGGGUCGAUACCUCCAGCGGAAAUUCUGACUCGAUCCCAGCCCACUCAGCACAGAGAAGUCAACCAUAGAUCCCGAGUCCGCAAGCCCAGCAAAUUGUUCAAGCCACAAGCGAUCGGGUACGAGGAAGACAAACUACGGAUCCAGUUCUACAGUGAUCAUCCAUGGGAGCUGGCACGGCCGCGGAUAGUGCUAGAGAAUGACGGAAAGGAUGGGCACAGGUGCGAUUGGAGCCGGAUACAACAGACUGGGAGACAGCUGAGUGGAGAGAGUGUUGUUCAACGACAGCUGUGGCUCAUCAAAAACACGCAAUACACCCCCAACCAAGCAUACGAUAUUGCGCGCAAGGAAUUCUAUGAGUUACGCCACGAGGAGGAAACCGAGAGGAGGGUGCAACGAGAGGAGGCGACAUGGACCGGAGCGUACUUUGGAAAGGGCGUGCUGGAGAUUGGAAUGGAGCUCGAAGAUAAGGCUUAUGAAUCUUGGAAGGCUUGGGCAACGAAGGAGGUCGAUUCGAUCCAUACUCAACGAGAAGCGGCUUACACUGGAGUUGGAACGGAGCCAGAAGACACCACAGAGGUCUCUUCGUUUGAGGAGGACGAGAACGACGUAUUAGCAACUAUAUAA